AUGGCCGAAACCUCUUCGAAAGAAAAUAAUCAAGAUAAUACUGUAAACGAGAAUACAAAAAACGACGGUACUGUAACAAACGAAAUAAAAAGUCAAAAUGAAAUUCGAGAUGUGAUUUCAAAAGAAGAAAAUACCAAAGUUGCGGAAAAUCAAUAUACUCUUGCGAGUCCAGCAAGAAGUUCUUCACUCAACCCGUCGGCACGAAAUGCUUCAAGUUCUUCCCCGCAACCUCCGGAAACUUCCACACACGCAAUUUCUAUUCCGCCCGAACCUGCGGUUGCUGAUAAUAAAAAUAAUUCUACUUCGACUUCACCGAUUUCAACGACAUCACAACCAGCAUCACCUUCGACUUCUAAAAAAUUCUUCAAAAAAGUUGGUAAUAAAAUCGACAAAAUUAUUAAAAUAAAAACAUCGGAUUCUAUUUUGCAAUCACAAUCAGAACCGGAAAUUGGAUCUAGUCUUGAAGCCAUCACAGUUACAGAUUCUCCAGUUGUGCAGACAAAAUCAAUUUUCUCAAAUACGGAAUCAUCAGUUCAUAAUGAAGAAGCAAAGGAUGAUACAAAUGAUUCAAAGGAUGUAAAGGAAAUUAGUGUUGAAGAGAAUGAAGCUGAACCAAAGAGGAAUAAAUUUGGAAUUAGGUUUCGUAAUGUUAGUCAAUUUAUUGUACGUUCAUCCAGUGUGGUUUUGGAAAAACUUAAAGAAGAAUUCGAUGAAUUAGAUCGACAAUUACUUGGAAAAUCCGAAGACACACCACCAACAAAUGACCGAGCCGUCAAUGGUGGAACAAAGAAUGCUUUUUCUGAAAUUGGAGAUGCUCUUAACGAGCGUGGUGAAAAACUCAACGAAUUAAACAAUAAAGUCAACGAUUUGUCAACAUCAAGUGAAACAUUUGCAGCAUUGGCGAAAAAAAUUGCUGAAAAGGAAGCAAAUCGUAAAUGGUAUCAAUGGUAG